AAACCGAUAAAUGGAGAUAUUGGGCCGGAAGUGAGCACAUAAAGUAAGAAAAUGACUUAAUUAGUAAGAAAAAGCCCAAAGGUUAGACACGUGUUCCACGCGUACGGUUCGUUCGUCUAUUAUUAUUCUUCGUCUACUUCACACGAAAUUCAAGAGAGAGAGAGAGAGAGACUCAAAGAAAGAGAGAUCCAGAAGAAGACGAACAACAAUGGCGUUGCAAUGGCUGAUUCUGACGUAUGUGGUGGCCGCCGAAGUAGUAAUCACCCUCGUGUUGACUCUUCCUUACCCUAUGCUGCUUAAGAAACGUGUCGUACAACUUGUCUCGUUGAUUCUCCAACCUGCUGCUUCCAUCGUCGCUUUCGCCGGAUUUCAGCUUCUCGAUAUUUACUGGAAAGCUGAGCAUAGACUAUCUUGUUCAUCUGAGGUAUGCACUGCUACAGAACGUGAUCGCUACGAGAAAUCUAUCUACAAGGCUCAGAGGAAUGUGGUUCUGUGCGCUGCAGGAAUUCUUCUCUACUGGUGCAUCUACCGCAUCUGCAAGUACAACAAGGACCUGGAACGCUUGGAGGCAACAGAGAAGAGAUACAAGGAAGAGUAAUAAAUUUCACGAGUAUAGGGAGUUGGUUCCUCAAAACCAUUAUUAUAUAAGUAAAGCUUUUUUUUAUUGCAUUUUUGCAUUCAAAUAUUACUGAACCUGAACGAAACUAUGAGUAUCGUGAACAGCCUUGCACACUAUAUUGUCAGUAUUCAUUCCUUUCUGCAUC